AUGACGCCCAGCUCUCUAUUAGCCACGCUUUGCGUGGCGGCGAGCUCGGUAGCUGCCCAUGGGUUCGUCCUUUCCUCACCUCUCAAGGCUUGUCCAGUGCCGUGCAGUCAAGCCAAGCUGCGCGACAACUGGUCAGUCUAUAACUCUCUUGACCGUCUCAAAUUCUGCCCUCUUCCCAUUCUCUUCGACACUUCUCUUUAUACAAGCUUGGACAACCCAGGCCAAACCUUCAGUAUUCGAGCAUGCUCCGUCGGGAAUCUCCCCGAGAAGAAUGCCACCAUGGCAGAAGACGCGCCUGGCAUUCUGGUGCUGAAAUCUGGGGUUGGUACUCAGAGGAUCGCCACCCCGGCCGCAUGUUCUAACAAAGCCUCGGACGCGAAGGCGAAGGCUCAGCUGAUCCCCUGGAGCGACGGCGGCAGCAACUCUGUUGGAAUUGGGGUCGCUGUAAGCGCCGUACGCGACUUUAUCAAAGACAACCAUCGGUGUGAGGCCUCCACGGCAGUGUUCUCAUACUACGAGGGCGUCGUCGUGGGAGCAUAUGCCGGUUCCAAGAUCACGGCGGAUUCCGCUGCUUCUUCUCUGCAGAUAAAGGGACCACAGCUGCUUCAGAUUUGCGGUGACGGCCGAAACUCGGAACACGUCCUCGGCAUUGCCGUAGAUACUGAGGCCGACUUUCGCCGAAUGCAGGAGGCUGUCAAGUCCUGGAAUGAAGCCACGUGUGUGCAAAGUGGCCGAGAUGGUGGGUCGUCUGUCUCGGAGGUGACGUUAUCCGUCUAUCCUGAGGGCGUCAGCGGCAGGGAGAGCCUGACGCGCCGUCUUAUGCCCCGUUGGCUUGAGCGACGAGCCGACUGUAGGACGAUCCAAGUCGUCUCUGGCGAUGGCUGCGCUUCGCUGGCAAGUCGUUGCGGCAUCUCUGGCAACGAUUUCACCAAAUAUAACCCCAAGGCGGGCCUGUGUGCGACACUAGCUGUUGGACAGUACGUCUGCUGUUCGGCUGGCACGCUUCCUGACAUGACACCCAAACCCGGAGCCGAUGCCACUUCGCAUCAGAUCACGGUCGACAACCUUGUGAGCUUCAACAACAAGAAGAGUAAUACCGGAAACCCGCCCAUGCCUGCUCCCAUCUCCAACGCUGUAUGUGGUCCCACAAUGCCCGGGACCGUGCAGCCGUCGGACGGAAGAAACAUCUCGACACUUAAUCCAUGCCCUCUCAAGGUCUGCUGUAACGUUUGGGGUCAAUGCGGUAUGGACAAGGAUUUCUGCGUCAUCUCCCCGUCCAGCAGUGGCAACCCCGGCACUUCGGCCCCGGGGAAGGAUAGCUGCAUCUCCAAUUGCGGCAUGGAUAUCCUCAUGAACACCGGUCCGCCAAGUGAAUGGAGAGCUGUUGGAUACUUCGAGGCCUGGAACGGCAACAGGCCAUGUCUACACAUGGACGUAGACCAACCCCCAUCCCAGGAAUAUACCACCAUCCAUUUCUCCUUCGCUGUCAUAGCUCCUGGCACUUGGGAUGUGGUUAUACCGCCUGAUUCGCAGCAUCAAUUCGAUCUUUUUGUCACCCGGGAAAUGCCUGGGAAUAAAAAGGUUCUUGCCUUUGGUGGCUGGACAUUUUCAACCGAUCCCUCGACGUACAAAAUCUUUAGAGACGUCGUCCUGCCCGGAAAUCGCGAUGUUUUCGCUCGCAAGGUUGUUGAUUUUAUUAACCAACAUAACCUCGACGGAGUUGAUCUCGACUGGGAAUAUCCGGGAGCUCCAGACCUCCCCAGAUUCGACCCAGGCGGUCCCAACGAGGGGUUCAACUACCUCAUCACGUUACUGACCAUCAAGAGCAUGCUUCCUGCUGGCAAGACGCUUUCUAUUGGCGCACCAGCGUCCUACUGGUACCUAAAGGCGUUUCCUAUCGAGGCUAUUUCGGCCGUUGUUGACUAUAUCGUUUACAUGACGUAUGAUUUACAUGGACAAUGGGACUAUGAUAAUCGAUGGGCCAGCCCUGGUUGUCCUGAGGGGAACUGUCUUCGCUCCCACAUCAACAUAACCGAGACGAAGCUUGCCUUGGCCAUGAUCACCAAGGCCGGCGUUCCCAAUAACAAGAUCAUGGUCGGCGUUUCUAGCUACGCCCGAACAUUUAAAAUGGUUGACGGCAACUGCGCCGGGCCAAAUUGCCACUUUGUCGGCCCCGAGUCGGCUGCUGAGAAGGGUUCAUGCACCGACACGGCAGGGUAUAUUUCCAACGCAGAAAUCUACAGCAUCGCGGCGAACGAUCGAGUCACCUGGUCAGAGUCUCACCUCAUGAACGUGGACACCAGUAUGACCGACAUUAUCGUAUACGAUGGCGAUCAAUGGGUCGCCUUCAUGUUGCCCAUCAACAAGUGGUUCCGUGUCGGCAUUUACAGCGACUUGAAUUUCGGAGGCGUCGCGGACUGGGCAAUUGACCUCCGAGUCUUCGACGAAGGCAGGAUCGGUGAUCCGGACCCGGACGGCGAGGCUAACAUACAGAUUGGAUGCGACGAGACCUUCAACUCCCUCGAGGAUAUAGACAAGGCUAAGGAUAAACUUACGACGGCCUGCCGCAGCGUCUACGUCCUCCGCCUUCUCAGCAAGAUGCAGAGGUCGGCAUUGGAUUCGUACAAUGACUUGAUGGCCCACGGCUACGACCACAAGUACGACCUUUACAGAGACCAGGUGAAGAAAUUGGCGCCCGCUGCCCUCGCCGCCUUCAUCAAGAAGCGUGGCAACGACUUCUUCGACUGCUAUGUCGAGGAGCAGAUGCUCUGCUGCGACUGGUGCGAGCCGCGGUACGGCAAGGCGAAGUGCCGCUACUGCGAUAGAACCUGCAGCGGCUAUCGCGAUACCACCCGGUUUAUGCACGAGCUCUGCCCGCCUAACGUCUCGCAACGUGGCGUGUUGGUGUUAUAUCUUGAGCAGGCAACGGCCAGGUACAACGUGCGCUGGACACUCAAGCCCGGGAAGCAAGAUGCCUUCCUCGCGGCCGCUCUCAGCGAAGCUAACAUCCCUAAUGACUGGAUUGGCAUGGUCAAAGACCAGCAAGCGCCGGUGCCGUGUGCGGGGAUAUGGGACUGUGAGUGCGGCCCUAGCGCCAACCCGGAGACCUGCGAGCACACGGGGUACUGGUACAACGCGCCCUACAUAGCCCGUACCGACGACGACGGCGUCUCGAAUCCAAAGGACUUUGUCCAGGAGGCCGUGUCCAAGCAGGGCGAUAUCGGGACCACCAAGGAGGAGCUAGCCGACCAGAUAGAGGCUUACUUCUACAUGGGCGAGGCUUCCAUAUCUGACAUUAUCGAGGCCGCCGCACUACCCAUCCUCAUGCUCGACGAGGCCGUCAGCACUAUGAAGGAGGUUGCCAAGAUCGGCGAGGAGAUUGACGAGAAGAACCAGAAGAAUUUCAUCAUCCUGCUACUGACGUCGCUCCUGAUGCUCGUGCCAUUCGUCGGCCAGACCGUGGGAACCAUCGCUCGUCUGGGGACCCUCGCUCGCACCCUCGCCUUGAUUGGAGAAGCGGGCCAGGCCGCCCUCGAUAUCUACAGUAUCGUAGAUAACCCGGACAACGCGCCCCUCGCCAUUUUCGGACUCGUCCUAGGUGCCGGGGCGUUGCGAGACAUCACCAAGGUGGCCCCAGCGGCUAAAGCGGCCCGUGGUACGAAGGCCGACGACCUUGCUAAACUCGGGGGCAGGGUAGAAAGUAGGAUGAAUGCUGUCAAGAGCAUCGCGGGGCAUUCUUGCGCUCGCUGA